AGCGGAUGGCGCUGUGUGCCAUUCCAAGGCCAGAGUUGGGGUUGGUUUUCUUCUUGCCAGCCACUUGUAAACACGUGUACGUGCGGUGCUGGUAGAGUAGUCAGCUCUGAAAUAAUUUUCAACAAAACUGUCAAAAUGCCUAAAGUAAAAGCAGAGAAAAAAUCCCGACAACACCAGGAGGUGAAAAGUCAAGGUAUUAUGUUCAAUACUGGUAUUGGCCAACACAUCUUGAAAAACCCUCUGGUUGUCAACGGUAUUAUCGAGAAGGCAGCUCUCAGACCGACAGAUGUGAUACUGGAAGUUGGGCCUGGAACUGGUAACAUGACAGUCAAACUCCUAGAGAAAGCAAAGAAGGUUGUAGCCUGUGAAAUGGACACAAGAAUGGUUGCAGAACUUCAAAAGAGAGUACAGUGCACACCACUGCAAACAAAGUUACAGAUCCUUAUUGGAGACGUGUUGAAGACUGAACUGCCAUUUUUUGACGUCUGUGUUGCCAACUUGCCUUAUCAGAUCUCUUCACCGUUCGUGUUCAAGUUACUGCUUCACCGGCCAUUCUUUAGGUGUGCAGUGCUGAUGUUCCAGAGGGAGUUUGCCAUGCGACUAGUGGCAAAACCAGGUGACAAGCUGUACUGCAGGCUCUCCAUUAACACACAGCUGCUCUCACGUGUGGACCAUCUCAUGAAGGUGGGAAAGAACAACUUCCGUCCACCUCCUAAAGUAGAAUCCAGUGUGGUUCGCAUUGAGCCAAAGAACCCUCCACCUCCAAUUAACUUCCAGGAGUGGGAUGGUUUGGUAAGAAUCGCGUUUGUGAGGAAAAACAAGACACUCAGCGCUGCAUUCAAAUCUGCAGCAGUGGAACAGCUUCUGGAGAAGAAUUACAAAAUUCACUGUUCUGUGCACAACAUUGAUGUCCCACAGGACUUCAGUAUUGCAGCCAAAAUUGAGAGCGUUCUUCAAGAGGCAGGGUUCAGUGAGAAGCGAGCUCGCUCCAUGGACAUAGACGACUUCAUGGUACUUCUUCAUGCCUUCAACUCUGCUGGGAUCCACUUCUCGUAAUGCUGUAAUACCUGGACUUCAUCAAAAGAGCCUUCGAUGAGGAGAGCGACAGAGGAAGUAGCCCUAAGCUGACGAUAGGACUGGUCAUGCCCCAACUGCAGCGUUUCAACGGAGACCGUGGCCAGCUGCUGAGCGUUGGAGUGGCUGUGCAAAACGAACAUUUACAUUAGUACACAGCUUUUUACAGCCCCUGUCUUUGUCACUGAAUUUAUAACCUGGGGAUCAAGUAAUGGCAAUAUUCUUGUGACGAAAAGCAGCCUCAUAAUUUAAGGCUGCCGUGGGGUUGACUUUUGAUCUCUGUAAAUCUCUUCCACAUUUUGCUUUGUAAAUAAUAUCUUGUCUUUAAAAUCCAUGUUUAAAAAGUAAAAAUGUCAAAAGCAUCAUUUAUAAAUUUA